UUCGCCCGGCGGAAGAGCGCCGCUCCGUGCCCGCGGAGCCCCGGUGGCUGGGGAUGGACCCCGUCCGCGCCCGGCGCGCGGCGCGGAGGCCGGCUCCGGGAGGAGGUUUAGGGAAGAGCAUUUAGCGGGCGCGGGACGCUGGCAAGAUGGUUGCCUUUGGAGGACUCGCUUGAAAUGGAAGGGCGGGGACGCCUGUGUAAUCGGUGGAACGGAUCAUGGAGUGAAAAUGUACUGGAAUAUUUUCUGAGAAAUAACCAGAUUACAACAGAAGAUGGCGCUGAGAUUGUCUGGUAUCAUGCUGCUAAUCACAAGGCACAAAUGUAUGAGGCCUUGAGAAGCUGUGCUCACAUGAUAGAGGCUGAUGUCCUUCUUCCGGGCGACGAGUCAGAGCAUGGUCAGCCAAUCAUGGCCCACCCUCCUGAAAUAAGUAGCGAUAACACUUUGCAGGAGUGGCUGGCAGAGGUUAUGAAAAGCAAUAAAGGCAUCAAGCUGGAUUUCAAGAGUCUGGCAGCCGUGGAACCAUCCAUGAUGCUGCUGGAAAAGGUGAAGAGAUACCUGAAGUGUCCUGUGUGGAUUAAUGCUGAUAUUCUUCCGGGUCCAAAUGGGAGUAGCAAGGUAGUAGAUGCGAAACCAUUUAUAGACACCGUGACAUCCUUCUUUCCAGAUGUGACAUUUUCCCUUGGUUGGACAACAGGCUGGCAUCCUGAAAAAGUCAAUGAAGGGUACAGUUGGACAAUGGUGAAAGAGAUGGAAUAUAUAUGCAGUGGACUCAGUCAGCCCGUAACAUUCCCUGUCAGGGCAGCAUUAGUCAGGCAGUCCUGUUCUCAGUUACUUUGGCUAUUAACGAAAUCAAACAGGUACAGCCUGACUAUUUGGACUGGAAAAACUGAUAACUAUCCCACUGAAGAUUUGCUUUAUAUUAGAGAACACUUUAAUAAAAAUCAAGUUUUCUAUGACAUUUUGGAACCACAAAAUCAAGAAUUUAAACAAGCCAUUGGAAUCAAAGUUAAUUUCUGAGAAAAUUUGUCUACAUUACUUCCUGUUAUCAUAUCCAUAUGUGCUUUAUUUUUGCAGUUAUUUGACAAAGGUGAAAGGGACAAUUUCAUUUUAGUAUUUUAACAGCUGCCAUAAAAUCAUUUUUUUAGUUACAGUAAAAAUACUUAACUUGGGAUAAUGUUGCAUGUCUGCAAUUCCAGCGUUUGGAAGGCUGAGGCAGAUGGCUAUAUAGUGAAGGUUUGUCUUAAAAGAACAACAACAACAAAACCUCUAUGAGUUUUCUCCUAAUGACCAUGCAUUAAUUUUGUGAAAAGACCGGAAUAAAUAAAUUGCAAUUUGGUGAUA